CAAAUCGUGGCAAGAGCAACAGAAACGGCUCAAUUGUUGGAUUUUAUUACUUCCUAUUAUUUCAAACUAUAAAAUGUCGUACAAUUGACACCUAUUGAUCAGUUAUAACUUUGUUCUUUCAAAGCAAAUAAUACCCAAGAAACAUCAAAAUGAAAUUCCUUUUGUGCCUUGCUCUUUGCUUUGUUGCUGCCCAAGCGGGACUCAUUGGAGUUCCUAGUGCUGUAACCUACUCUGCUAGUGCUCCAUACACUACUUACACCGCCGGAAUCGCUCCAGCUCUUUAUAAUGCUCCUUUGGCUUACACAUCAGGAUACCCAUCAGGAUACCCAUCAGUUUAUAGCUCAGGUUUAGCUGCUCCAGCUGUGUACAGUUCAUCUGGAUUGGGUCUUGUUAGCUCUGCUUAUGCUGCUGCACCUGCAGUGUACUCCAGUCCAAGCGUCUACAGCACAUUGUUAAAGAAGUAAAAACUACUACACUGUUAGAAUAAUGGAUUUCUGAUGCCGACCAAUCAAUUAAAACAAUAAAUUAAUUAUACUUACUAAGUUGA